AGCAGAGAGGUUGUGUCCGGGGAGCACCCGGCGCGGCCUCGCAGCUCCCUCGCCCACCGCGCGCGCUCGGAGAGGGAAGGAGCCCGAGGACCUCUUACCUCAUCGCACAGGGGCGGUGCUGGCGCUUGUCGCGUGUCUGGGGAGAGACCGGUUGGGGGGAGGGGGUAGCCGUACAGGGCGUGAGAUGCGCGGGUCGAGGAGUUGGGAAGGCUAGCUAAGGAGGUGCAUCUGGGAAGGCGGGUUUGGGGGACAGAGGAGGAGGGAGCGUGUCUGGUAUGGGAUGCCGCGGAAAGGAAGGGGCCCGACCACAGAUGCUGAGUAGAUCUGUGGAUGGUUCCUCGGAGGCAUCCUCUCCUUCCUAUUUGCGCUUUUAUUUGGCAGCAACAGAGCCCUCAUGGUCUCCACUCAAGUUCUGGAAACUUUGGGUGAGGUUAAUCAGCAGCUGCAUUCUAGAACUGUCUAGACCUUUUCUGGUAGUGGGCACAAACGUGGGGGAACAUGUCAGAAAACAAGAAGCCCAUUCUGGGCUUCGUGCACAAACUUCCCAGGGCGUCUGCACCUGGGAACUCCGGCAAAACUCACUGCCCUUUGUGCAUGAGGCUUUUCAAAGCCCCCAGGCUCCUGCCUUGUUUGCACACAGUUUGCACCACUUGUCUGGAGAAGCUGGAACCCUUCUCAGUAGUGGACAUCCGAGGGGCAGACUCUGACACAAGCUCUGAAGGAUCCGUAUCCCAGGAGCACAAGCCUCAGAGUCUGCAGCGGCAGAUUGGCAUCCUGUGUCCGGUAUGUGAUGCGCAAGUGGACCUGCCCAUGGGUGGCGUGAAGGCUUUAACCAUAGACCACCUGGCCUUGAACGAUGUGAUGCUGGAGAGUCUGCGUGGGGAAGGCCAGGGCCUGGUGUGUGACCUGUGCAGCGACAGGCAAGUGGAGAAGAGGUGUCAGACCUGCAGAGCCAAUCUCUGCCAGUUUUGCUGCCAGGCUCAUAGACGGCAGAAGAAAACAACUUACCAUACCAUGGUGGACCUAAAGGAUCUGAAAGGCUACAGCCGGGUUGGAAAACCCAUCCUGUGUUCUUCUCACCCUGCGGAGGAGCUGAGGCUGUUCUGUGAGCUCUGUGACCGUCCGGUGUGCCGGGAUUGCAUUGUGGGGGACCACCGGGAGCACCCCUAUGACUUCACCAGCAACGUCAUUCACAAGUAUGGUAACUCUGUGCGAGAGCUCCUGAAAAGCACCCAGCCCCACAUGGAGGCUCUGGAGGAAGCUCUGACUCAGAUCACAGAGCUGAACUGCACCCUCCAGGCACGCGUGGAGGCAGUGGCAGCAGAUGUCCGUGCUUUCUCUGAGGGCUACAUCAAGGCCAUCGAGGAGCAUCGGGACAAGCUGCUGAAGCAGCUGGAGGACAUACGGGUGCAGAAGGAAAACUCCUUGCAACUGCAGAAAGCUCAGGUGGAACAACUGCUGGCAGACCUGCACACUGGUGUGGAGUUCACAGAGCACUUGCUCACCAGUGGCUCAGACCUGGAGAUCCUCAUCACCAAGGGGGUGGUGGUGGAACGGCUCAGGAAGCUGAACAGAGUCGAGUACAGCACCCGCCCCGGAAUAAACGACAGAAUAUGCUUCUCUCCUCGGGAGAAAGCUGGCCAGUGCCACGGCUAUGAAGUUUAUGGGACCAUUAAUACCAAAGAAGUUGAUCCAGCCAAAUGUGUCCUUCAAGGAGAAGAUCUCCACAGAGCUCGGGAGAAACAGACAGCCUCUUUCACCCUAUUUUGUAAGGACACUGCAGGAGAGAGCAUGGGCAGGGGAGGAGACAACAUCCAUGUCACCGUGGUCCCUAAAGACAAGAAGGACAGUCCAGUCAGAACAGUGAUCCAGGAUAACAAGGACGGGACCUACUGUGUUUCCUAUACCCCAAAGGAGCCUGGGAUCUAUACGGUGUGGGUCUGCGUCAAGGAGCAGCAUGUGCAGGGCUCCCCAUUCACGGUGACCGUGAGGAGAAGGCAUCGCCCCCACCCGGGAGUGUUUCACUGCUGCGCUUUCUGCUCCAGUGGAGGCCAGAAAAACGCACGCUGCGCCUGUGGGGGCACCAUGCCAGGUGGGUACCUAGGCUGUGGCCAUGGGCACAAGGGCCACCCGGGGCGACCCCACUGGUCUUGCUGUGGGAAGUUUAUCGAGAAGUCCGAAUGCACAAGUGGGCAGAGCGCACCGCGGAGUCUGCUGCGAACUGUGGCUCUGUGACGGCUUCCAGCGUGGGAAAGCCGUGGAUUUCCAGAGGACUCCGGAGCUUCACUCAUCCUCAAGAGACGGAUAGAAUUAAAACCGAGUGCCUUAUUUCACCUUAGAGUCCCUCACUGGCUGUACCUGUAGCUGCUGGAGCACACGUUUCCUGUAGUUGGUUGGCAGGGCUCCUUCUCUACCAUUGGAGGCCCCUGUCUAUUUCAUGCAGGUAUAGAAGAGUGUCUGGGCCAUUGGAAAGCAGAGGUCAUGUGGCUGUGAGAAUUUACUUUCUGAUAUAUUUUAAAUUUAUCCUUGCUGGGCAUGGUGGCACACACCUGUUACCCCAGCACUUGGGAGGCUGAGGCA